UGUCAGUUUUGACACGCAUGACACACACAAAUUUCGACGUAUCAUCUUACCAGGCAAGAAUACGUACGGAGGAAAGCAAAGCAACGAUUCGAUAAAUCUCUAAUUCCACACGCAACGGAAGCUACACGAGUGUCGAUAUGGAUAGCACGGUUGCAUUGUACAAACAGCUGAAGACGGAGUGGACCAAAUCUCCGAUCAAUCUGAAACUAUGUGGCACAAUUCUGGACAAACUAAAGGUAGCCCUUGCUGGAAUGUCCUACAUUCCCACAGGGAACACUCAGGCCAAUCAGCAGGAGUUACUCAUCGCCAGAGAUGUUCUCGAGAUCGGUGUGGAAUACAGCAUCGCGACCAAAAAUAUCCCGGCAUUUGAGCGUUACAUCCUGCAGUUGAAGUGGUUCUACUAUGACUACAACACAUUUAUUGGAGAGUCGAAGAACAAGUAUCAGCUGCUGGGAUUGAAUUUGCUGUUUCUGCUCUCUCAGAACCGGGUGGCCGAGUUUCACACCGAGCUAGAGCUGCUGCCUGCCGAUAUUAUUCAAACGAAUGCCUUCAUCCGGCAUCCGCUAGCCUUGGAGCAGUAUCUCAUGGAAGGGCGGUAUAACAAAAUCUUUCAAGCGAAGGGUAAUGUACCGGCGGAAAGCUACAACUUUUUCAUCGACAUCCUGCUGCAGACGGUUCGCAACGAGAUUGGUGCCUGCUUGGAAAGUUCGUACGAGCGCAUUUCCCUGCAAGAAGCUGCCAAGCGGUUGAACCUCAAGACGAAGGAGGAAGUGAAGCAGUUUGGUGAAAAGAAGGGCUGGAAAUUGAAUCCGGACGGUUUCUAUCACUUCGUGAACGAGCUAGCCAAACCGAAGGAACCGAUACCAUCCCAGGAGCUGGCUGAACAGGCGAUCAUGUAUGCACGGGAACUGGAAAUGAUCGUUUAAAUGGUCAGCGCUUUUGUUUGAUAACGUUUGAGAUACCUAUAGGAAACGCUUUCGAUGCGGGAUGUCAUUUCGAUUAUUUUUUUCCGAUCGGAAUAAACAAUACAAAGUAA